CAGCAACAUCCAACUUCCAUGGCAAUAACCUACCUAAGUAGCUCACCGUUGCUUGAUUAGGUAUUCGACAGCCAGCCAGCCACCCUUCCUAACCAGGAGACCACGGGCUUUUAUUUGUUGAACCUCGCUAUCGGCCGGAUACCUACCCAUACCCUUCCAUUCAGCUCGAAUCCCACCUCGGUGGUGAUUCCGUCGCAAUGGUUGCGCCAGCUGUUCCCGAAAUCACGGAAGAAAUCCUUCAGGAGUCAAUUGACGCCCGGACAGAGUCUCUUAUUGCGUUGCGAGAGCUCGGUCCCCCAGACCUCGUUCAUCUCCUCAAGCAACCAGUCAGGAACCCAGGCAAACACAUUGGUGUCUACCACCAUGUUACCGGCGUCGAUGCAUCCUCCUCGGCAAGCCUUGCUGCCUACAUAAAUACCCUCACCUACCGCGAAUAUGGACAGACAGCAACUACUAAGAUAGUUGAGGGCGUCUACUGCUGCUACAAUGCCUUCUCGAGGCUCGACAUGCGAGUCCACGUCACUAUCCCGGGAACUGUUGAGAGCUACUGCGUGGAUGAGAGAGGCGAGAAGAGGAAAGCGACAGACGAUUUGUGGCUUGAGACAUAUUUAUGCAGCGUUCUGCGGGCCUAUUCGUAUGCCGACGACGGCAGCGGCGACACCAUUAGAAAGAUCAUGGGAGUCCGCCGGUUCAACCCCGUUACGAACACGGAGACAGAGCAUCGAUUCCUAAGCGCGGCAGAGCAACUGUUCUUCAGAGGCUGGCAACUCGGCUCGGAUUCAGUUGUUCAGGUCCCCAAUAUGGUCUCCAACCAUUUGACCACUGGUCUGUUGAAGUACUUCCAAACCACUGGCCGUUAUGCGUCGGGUGUCAACCUGUUUGAGAAGUUGCGGACACAAAACGUCGAGGUCUCCUCGUUGUUGUCGAAGGUCCUCUUCAUGGGCAACGAAGAGGUGGAAGGGGUGCGAGCCCUACACCAGGCCCUGAAAGAGAUGCCCAUGGACUAUGUGAUGCUUGACACCCAGGCGGAGUUCCUCUUGAGAAAGGCCAAGACUGCUGCGACCCCUGAGCAACGGGAGGAGAGGUUGCGCAUGGCGUUGGGCUGCGCCGACCGAAGUACCAUCGCGGCACCCAGCGAGUUUGGAACCUGGGCCAGAUUGGCACAGGUCUAUGUCACCAUGGAGGACUGGGAGAAUGCCCUCACAAUACUCAACUCUUGCCCCAUGUUUACCUACCAGGACAAGGAUGCGCCAGUCAUGCCGGACCCGAAGGAUGUCCACCUCCCAACCCUUCCCGAGACGAGAUUGGACGAAAUCGACAGUGAACCAGAGUCAAGAUACUCGGAACAGGUGGACCCGAGCUUACUCAACCUCCGUGCAGCCGGCUACCGUGGCACGUUCAAGCAAGCCUAUAGCAUCCUUACAGAGAUGACCGCCAAGAUAGGCUGGGAUCAGUUGCUCAAGAUCAGGAGCAAUGUGUUCGUGAUGGAAGACGAGUACCGAAACGAAAGACUGGAACCGGCUGCAUAUCCUGCGAAGCGUAAUGCUAGCACCGACGCUCUCCGGGGAACGCCGGAUCCCAACCCAACAAACGGCGACGCCACUGACGAUGAGGAUGGGGAAGAAACUGCCGAGAAUGAAUCCAAGGCGGCCGAUGCCGAUUCGUUGGCUCCGACUCUUGUGCCUAAUGGCAAGGCAGAUGACGCUCUUGAGAGGCCGUCCAGCACCGCUGAUCCCGAUGAGAUCAAGAAGUCCGACGGGGAACAGGGGGCGAAUGAUGAAGAUCACCUCUCACGUCUGAACAACAAGCGUCUCUGUGAGCGGUGGCUUGACAGUCUGUUCAUGGUACUGUACGAAGACCUGAGGGUCUACACCAUCUGGCGGACGCAGAUGGCGCAGUAUCGAGCGCAGAGUAUGCAAUACAAAAAGUCUGCCGAGGAGUGGGAGAUCCUAGGGAGCCUCGCCGAGCGGCUGCAGCAUACGGAUGAGGCCGUCGAGGCUUACCGUGCCUGCCUAGCCCAACGUUUCAGCCCCAAGGCGCUCACGGGCAUCUUGAGAGUGUUCGAGAAGAAUAAGAACACCCGAGAGGCGGUUGCUGCCACGAUCAGACUCGUGACGUGGCAGUACAGAUGGUACAGCGAGUUCUCGCCCGAGCUUCUCCACACGGUCCGGACGCUCAUCGAGGACGAGGGUGCGGUCAAGGUCAGGAGCAUCAUCCAGGCUACCAACUUGCCCCAGACGGUCCUGGACCUGACUCACCAUUACGCUGCCCUCUGUGCGACAUUUCGUAGCAGCGGGACGGAUGGCUGAGUUCUGAAUGAGAUACGACAGAGCUAGGUUCCUUUGCUAUACGUGUGUGAUAUGUGGCUUCGGACGAGUGUGUCUACUUGUGGAGAGAAGGGAACACCUGGCAGUUGGGAGGAGAGACGAGGAAUAGGAAAACUUGGAAGCAUGUUAGCUCGUUGAGUACCAGGCUGGGCAUGGCAACACCGAUUCCACAUUAUUCUCCUUCUAUAUGCGCCUUUGUACCCGCCUACUCAUGAAACUGGGGAAUUCUAUUAAUACCAUGCCUGGCUACGCUAUAAAUUUCUGUCAAGGUCUUUACACGCGAUGUUUUCUUCGUUGAACAUAGCUGUCACGGCCUAGGAUUUACCCUUAGCGUACCAAACCCAUAAUCUAGACUAUCCUCUAAA